AUGGCUGUUACUACUGGCAUCCAGCCCUCCGACGACAAGGCCUCGCUCAAGGGCCAACAUGUCGAGACCAUCGACAAUGAGAAGCGCACCGGGAGCGACUUGGGCGACGAGGAGAUCUCGGAGGAGGACAACAUCCGUCUCCGGCGCCGCAUCGACUGGUUCAUCAUGCCUCUGCUGUGUCUCGUCUACGGCCUGCAAUACCUCGACAAGACGGGUCUCUCCUACGCCUCCAUCAUGGGCAUCAUCCCCGACACCAAGAUGACGCUCGCAAACUACUCGUGGCUCGGCACCAUCUUCUACUUUGGCUUCCUGGCCGGCGAGUACCCGCUCACAUACGCCCUCCAGCGGUGGCCCAUCGCCAAGGUGACGGGCAUCACCAUCAUCGUGUGGGGCAUCGUGCUGGGCUGCAUGGCGGCCUGCCACGACUUCAAGGGCCUGCUCGUCGUCCGUUUCUUCCUCGGCUUCUUCGAGAGCUCAAUCACUCCCGCACUCACCAUCUUCACCGCACAAUGGUACCGUAUCCGCGAGCAGUCGUUCCGCACCGGCAUGUGGUACUCGACGCAAGCUGGCAUCUCGAUCUUUGGCGGUCUCGUGGCGUACGGCUUCGCCAAGGCUGGCGCCGAGCACAAGCUCAGCAUCCACUCGUGGCGCGCCAUCCUCCUCCUCUUCGCCGCCAUGACCGUCGCCACCGGCGUGCUCUUCUUCUUCCUCAUCCCCGACUCGGUCGAGACCGCCUGGUUCCUCAACGAGCGCGACCGCAAGCUCGCGCGCCUGCGUACCAAGGAGAACCAGCUCGGCGUCGUUGACAGGACUUGGAAGUGGUACCAGGUCCGCGAGGCCCUCCUUGACCCUGCUGUCUGGCUCCUCUGCCUCGUCUCGCUCUGCCUCGUCUCGCUCUGCCUCAUGAUCCCCUCGGGUGGUCUCCUCAACUUUUACGGUAUCGUCGUUUCGCAGAUGGGCUUCUCGAGCCAGAUGACUCUCCUCCUCUCGCUGGCCGGAUCGUGGAACAUCUUCAACGUCCUCUUCUUCCCCUGGCUCGCCGGCAAGUACGGUUACCGUGCCCUCAUCUCCAUCAUGCCCUGCGGCAUCGCACUCGCUGGUACUGCCAUGGUCUGGGGCUGCAAGGACAAGUACGCCCGCUUCGUCGGCUACAACCUCGGCCUCGGCUACGCAGCCACCUUUGCCCUCUCCCUCUCACUUCUCACGUCCAACGUUGCCGGCCGCACGAAGAAGACAUUCGUCAACGGCAUGUUCCUCGUCGCCUUCUGCGCCGGUAACCUCAUCGGCCCGCAGACUUUCCGUGAGAAGGAUAAGCCCAAGUACGUUCCCGCCCUCACCUCAAUUGUCGUCCUCUACGCCUUCAGCAUGUUCCUCAUGGUGUGCGUCCACUUCCUCUACACGAGCCGCAACAAGAAGCGUGCCGCCCUCUGGGCAGAGGGAAGCGAGCCCGUCGCCGACGACUCGGAGGAUCUCACCGACCGUGAGAACCCCUACUUCCACUAUGCGUUCUAG